AUGAAUACCUACCAGAGUUUGUUCUUCCUUUUGGCCAUGGUGCUUUCGGUUAAGUAUACCUUCGCAAGGGUCACCGCGGACACACAAUGCAAAAAUGGCUAUGUAGUCCAAAUGAGCAAUCACUUUGAAUGCAAAUGCAACAACGGAUUUGUGAAAGCAAAUGAAAACACGUGCUUGGAAAAACGUGAUUGUACAAAUCCACAAAAUUUAAAUAAGAACUGUGCAGAUUAUGCUGUGUGUACAAACACCAGUGUGAAUGAUGCGGACAGAGCAGCACGAUGCACCUGUAUAGUAGGGCACAUAAUAAUGAAGGAGGUGUGCAUUCCAAAUAAAUGUAACGGUAUUGUGUGCGGACAGGGAAAGUGCAUCAUAGAUCCUCUUAAUGCAAAUAACACCAUAUGCUCUUGUGACAUAGGAACCAUAUUAGAUGAAUCUAGAAAAUGUGGAAAGCCAGGAAAAACUGAAUGCGCGUUGAAGUGUAAGGCAAACGAAGAAUGUAAACUGACUGAGAAUUAUUACAAAUGCGUUACUAAGGCAAGCGGUGGACAAGGUAGUGGUGGACAAGGAAGCGGAGGAGAAGGCAGCAGCGGAGAAACAGGAGCAGCUUACAGUCUCAUUAAUGGAUCUGCAGUAAUCAGCAUAUUAGUUGUAUUCGCUUUCUUUAUGAUGUCAUUAGCGUAG